AUGUUUUACCCAAUGAAUAAAUUACAAAAAAUAAAUUCAAAAACAAAUAUGUAUAACUCAGUGUUUUAUUGUGCUUUUUGCGGCGAUGAAACUUCUGGUAAAACACAAUUAUUAAAUCGGUUGUUCAACAUAACUUUUAGUGAAUAUUAUGAACCAACAACAAUAGGAGAAUACAAAUUUAAAAUGAAUGACAAACUUAAAACAGAUGUCAGAUUAUGUGAUACUUCUGGUCAAAUUAAAAAUGAUGCGCUGCGUUACAUAACAAUUCAAAUGGCCAAAUGUGCAUUUAUUUGUAUUUCCUUAGACGACAAAGAACAACUAAAAACAGCCAAAAAGCGGUUUGUUAAUCAAUUAAGAAAGUACAAAAAAAGUAUACCAAUUGUUGUUGUGGGAACCAAAUCUGAUAUGAGAGAAGACAAAGACGAAAUAAUUCAACUAAAACAAAUGGGAAGAAAAAUGAUUGAAACAGAAGACGGAAUCAAAUUUGCACAAAGUUUUGGAGCAGUGGGAUACUUUGAGUGCUCUGCAAAAACCAAAUUUAAUAUUCAUUUGGUCCUGCAAUAUACCAGAAUAUUAAUAAAAAUAAUAAGGGGAUAUUAA